UCAUCUUCACCAGAAAAGUAAAAAGCAUCGAUCUUUAUUGUAAGAGAAUGAGAAGGAGACCUGGAAUUGGCGGGUUACAAACCGCUGCUGCUGCUAGGGAUCAAUACAGAUUACUGGGUGAAAAUGUAGCCAAGUUAAGAACUGAUCUUAUGAAAGAACAGCUCUCCACUUUUCGCUCUCAGCUUCAAGAUUUUGCCCGUAAACAUAAGAAUGAUAUUCGAAAGAACCCGACUUUUAGAGCUCAAUUUCAUGACAUGUGUGCUAAAGUGGGAGUGGAUCCUUUGGCCUCUAAUAAAGGUUUUUGGGCGGAGCUGCUAGGGAUUGGCGAUUUCUAUUAUGAACUUGGCGUACAAAUUGUUGAGAUAUGCUUGGCAACAAGACUCCACAAUGGAGGUUUGAUCAACCUGCAGGAACUUUGCACUCUACUUCGCCAGAAACGAAAGAGUGACCGAGAAGCAGUUUCUGAGGAUGACUGCUUGCGUGCCAUAAGUAAGCUUAAGAUACUAGGGAGCGGUUUUGAGGUGAUUUCUGUUGGAAAAAGAAAGCUUAUUCGAUCUGUUCCAACUGAAUUAAACAAAGACCAUAAUGAAAUCUUAGAGCUGGCUCAGGCUCAAGGCUUUGUGACUGUUGAUGAGGUUGAGAGGCGACUUUCUUGGACAUCUGGCCGUGCUAUUGAUGCUCUUGAUACUCUAUUAGAUGAGGGUCUUGCGAUGAUUGAUGAUGGGCACAGAGAUGGAAAACGCCGCUACUGGUUUCCUUGUGUGUCCUCCAUAUCUUCUUCAGUAGGGGGCUGAUAUGUAACAUGGAAGGCUCAUAUACAAACUGUAUUUGUACCCGGAAAAACACAAGGUGCGAAAGAUAUUUUCACUCCAUAGAAUUAAAAGUAGCAGUAUAGAAUGAUUUCAGAUUGCAAACCUCACAAGUAAAUCUAAAAGAAUCACUUCCCAUUAUCAUCGGUGUAAACUUUUGAAUUUUUGACGUUACCUAGACUCCCCUAGAAUAAGUGCCUCUUAUUUGAUUCCCUUCUCUUUUCUCAUGUCUGAUAGUCAUUAAUAUUUGUUUGGUGCAAAUCCACUUAUUUGAACUUA